AGAUUUCAGAUUUUGAACGUUCCCUAUUCUUUAGGGAUGCUACUACUCAUGUGUUCAGAUCAUCAACUCUCGGAACUCACAUUUAUGCAGAUCCAUUGUCAACAAAAUUAGAAAAAUAUUCGGAUAAAUCCGAUGUUUAUUCUUUUGGUGUUAUACUUUUGGAACUGAUUACCGGAAGAAAGCUCAAGAUGGAUGAAAACAUUGACAUCGUUACUUGGGCACAACCUCUAAUAGAAAAGGCUUUGGAGGGAGAAUAUAUGGAUUUUGUAGAUCCAAGGUUGCAAUUGUUUGACGAUCAAGAAAUGCAUCGAAUGAUUUUUUGCUCUAAUGCUUGCAUAAAUUAACCGUUAAGAUCUCGUCCAUCGAUGAAAAUGAUACUUCUAGCUCUCGAAGGAAUUCUUCCUUUAAAUUCUUUGUGAUGAGAUGAAUGACAACAAAUUGCGAUUGGAAGCUACUCAUAAAGUUACUAUUAUAUGCUAAAUAUGCACGUGACAAAUUUUUCCUAGAAGAUUCUGGAAAUUCUAUUCUAGCAGGUAAAGAUGAAACUUUUGUUUAUGUUUCCUCUUCGUCAUAUUGCUUGCUCAAGCUUAUAGAUACAUGAUCAAUUCUCCAACUGCAGUUCUAUGUCUUCAAGGUAUGUAAAGCUAGAUGUUUAUUUCUUCGGUGUAAUUCUUUUGGAGAUAAUUACUGGGAAAUUACCUGUUAGUGAUAUUAGUUCCUAUGAUUCCUUCAACUUAAUUGAAUGGGCUGUUCCUGCAAUUCAAAAUGAUUGGCCCAAAGGCAACUAUAAGUUUGUUGAUGAAAAAUUGGGGAGCAACUUUGACGAGGAUGAAAUGGAUCGAAUGAUAGAAUGUGCUUUAGCAUGUGUAGAGCGUUAUCCACAAAAUCGACCAGAAAUGAGUAAGGUUGUUGAAGUUCUAGCAGGAAACAUUCCUCGGAAAAAUCUCAAGAAUUGAGAUGAAAUGUUUGAAAA